AUGGCGCCCUUUCGGUCUUACCGUUCCAGCAAGAUGGAGCUCAUGGUUCCCGCAGACGGAAAACUCCAUGCAGUUGUCGGCCGUACUUUGGAGGAACAGAGCCAGCACCAGGUGAAGCUUGUCACAAAGCUACUGGCCGGUCCCAAUGGCUUUUUAACUCAUCUUCCCUCGAAUCAACCCCCAAGCAUUGCCUUCUGGAACAAACUUCGGCAAGGAUACCUCACCGGCGCCAGAGUUCUUCCACAUCAAUCUGAUCAGUCGACUUCCAGAGCAGGUUCUGACAAGCCAAGCGAUAUCAAGGCAGAGAAGACCAACACUGCUCUCGAAAGGCUCUUGAAGAUGAUUCCUGUCGGCCGCGAGAUCAUUGCCCAUUUGUGGCUGGUCCACACCCCAAGCGUCGGAAAUUUGGCCUCGACCUCGAAGGGAUGCUCUGAUGCCGUUGCGAUCUACGUGUCCAGAUUCAAUCUGCCCUCGGGCAGUUACCAGGACUGCGACUGGCUUCCGUCUCAGCUGAAGUGCAUGGACGAGGCCCAACGUGCAACAAUUGGCAUCGGUGGCAUCGGCCGCAAUCUUUUCGUUCGAGGCAAAGACCCAAACGUUGAAACCAGCAUCAAAGGUUUUCCCACCGCUUGGGCCAGCAUUGUAGAGCGUGAGAAACUGAACGAGCUUGCGGAACAAAACAGGACCACCAACCACCAAAUCUACAUGGCCUUCAUUCCAUUCCUCAUGGCGGACAAACUACUCAACGCGGUUGAGGAGAGCUGGAGAUGUCGUCAUGAGGAGAUAGGCUUGUCUCCUACUGACACAAAUGCCGUCAGAGACACCUACCUGAGAGAGAUGAAUUACAAUAUUCCCAUGUUGAGGUCUCUCUGCCAGUAUGGCGGCGCACUCAGAGCUCUUCAGCUGCAUGAGGUUCCCAUGAUGGACCUCCGGAUGGUCGAGUUGGUCCUCUCGGCAUGCCCUGUACUUGAGGCCUUGGGAAUUGUCAAGUGUGAGCUCCUCCACGUCGCCGACGUCAAUCCACUUCUCGACAUACUCUAUCGACGCUCCAAGGAGACGGGUAAGAAGUGGAAGAGUCUCCAAUUCUACCCCCGAUCUUACAUUGGUCCCCUAUACAACCGCACAGGCACCCAUAUUGUUUCUUGGGAUCCUCUCAGCACCAACGUCGAGACCAGUCUCCUCAUCACGGUCUUCUGGGCAAUCAUGAAGGCCAUCCCCCUGGGAAUUGACCUCGUGUCCGAGGGUCAAGCUUUCCGCAAGUUUCUCGAUCUGGUGCCAAUGGUGCCCGGCGAAAUCGCAGUCUUCCUGCAUCACGUGCACUCAUGGCUCGACAAGGCAAAGAGUUCCGAGACCGAUAACAUCCUCCCUGGCAUCGCCGAGUCCCUUGAAGACCAGGUCCUCCUCAGUAUGCUCCUGGGUACCAAGGAGAGGAAGAGAAUGGAGAAGCAUCUGCGAGCGAUGUACUUCAACGACAAAUACGAAUGCUGCCGUUGCGGAUGUGAGAUGCUCGCGAUCCUGUUUCGGAGCGAGAUGAAGCUUCGCGCAGCAGGACAUCGCGUCUGUCGCAUCUGCGACCUCCGACUCGAACUCGAUGGAGAGAAUCAUCACCGACUCCAUGAUAAGAGGACAAUGAUGGACCACUUCCUCAGCUCGCCAAAAGAUACUAGGGAGAAGACCGCGCCUACCGACAAGGAGCUCCUGGAGGUCUUGGCCCCUCCUCACCGCAACCCUUUCAUCGCUCCUCCGUAUCUCGAGAGCAUCUGUCGUGCCGAGGCUAUUGUUCACUACCGAAAGCUCCCUAAGGUCCAGGACCUCAUCGAUCCGGAUAGAAAUUUCGACAUCCUCGGCGCCUCGGGACAGGCUGCAGUUUUCGAUGCCGAUGAGAAGGGCAGCCAACUGUGCGGGAUUUACCUUGAUCACCCGACCCUGACCCAGCAGACACUCUACGCGGAUCUGGGAGUCCAGAACAUGGCCAGAAUUCGCAGCCAGAGCUGGGAGCAUGUGAUCUGGAAGAACUACUUCAAGGACGCUGGCUUAGCCGCGCACCAAGAGGCGGCGCUGGCCGCCGGAGACGAACCGCCCAAGCCAGCCGGCUUCUGGUGA